UAAAUUAAAGCUUUUUGACAUAUGACAAAAAUAAUUAUUAAGCCUAGAAAUUUUUUAAAUGGAAAAACAACAGAAGAACAGAUAAUUGCACUUCCGCAUCCUAAGACACAAAUACCUGUUCGCUAUCUUAUUCAAAAACCACAGCUUUUACAAUUAAUCAAAGUCAAUGAUUCUUAUAAAAAAGGAAGCUGGUUUAUUAAUAACAAUAUUGUAAAAGAUGGUACUAUUUAUCUUGCAACACCGUUCGAUCUUGUAUUUCUUGCAAUUCCCGUUCUUGAAGAGACAUAUAAGGAAAUUAAUUAA